UUACAUUUUUUUUUGCGAGGCCGGCAUCUCUGAACUUUGAACUUGCCUGCCCAGCGUUCGUUCCGUUCAUCACGAGUCCACGGUGAGGAGCGCGCCGCGUCUUCGCCUACCUGGAGGAGGCCAGCCAAUGGGCAAGCUCCACAGAGGAAAGCCGCGAGUUGGUUGUUAGUAUUAAUCACCACUCGAGCCUCCACCACCCACUCCCACUCGUCUCCCUCCCCAAUUCCUCCUCCUCUUGUCGUCUCCAAUCCCCAGGUCAGGGAGGAAGAGUGAACUGACUAGCCACUAGGUCGAUCGAUCGGAGCAGGGCUUUGGUGGGAGCCAUGGCUUCGGAGAAGCACUUCAAGUACGUCAUCCUCGGCGGCGGCGUUGCAGCGGGUUACGCGGCCCGGGAGUUCGCGAAGCAGGGAGUUAAGCCAGGGGAGCUCGCCAUCAUCUCCAAGGAGGCUGUGGCUCCUUAUGAGCGCCCUGCCCUCAGCAAAGGUUACCUCUUUCCUCAGAAUGCUGCAAGACUCCCAGGAUUUUAUGUGUGCGUGGGAAGUGGCGGAGAGAAGCUAUUGCCUGAAUGGUACUCAGAGAAAGGUAUUGAGCUGAUCCUCAGCACAGAAAUUGUCAAAGCUGAUCUUGCCACCAAGAGUCUGACUAGUGCUGCUGCAGCUACCUUUACAUAUGAGAUCUUGCUCAUUGCUACUGGCUCCUCAGUCAUAAAGCUCACUGAUUUUGGCACACAAGGAGCAGAUUCUAACAACAUUUUAUAUCUAAGGGAAAUUGAUGAUGCUGACAAGCUGGUUGCAGCUAUCCAAGCAAAGAAGGGUGGGAAGGCAGUGGUUGUUGGAGGAGGUUAUAUUGGCCUUGAACUUAGUGCAGCACUGAAGAUCAAUGACUUUGAUGUCACUAUGGUGUUUCCUGAACCUUGGUGUAUGCCCCGUCUCUUCACUGCCGAUAUUGCGGCAUUCUACGAGGCUUACUAUACAAACAAAGGGGUAAAGAUUGUGAAGGGUACACUAGCUGUUGGUUUUGAUGCUAAUGCAAAUGGUGAUGUCACUGCAGUUAAGCUAAAGGAUGGCAGUGUGCUUGAAGCUGAUAUUGUUGUUGUUGGUGUUGGAGGCAGACCAUUGACUACUCUCUUCAAAGGUCAAGUUGCCGAGGAGAAAGGUGGAAUCAAGACUGAUGCUUUCUUUGAAACAAGUGUCCCUGGAGUAUAUGCCAUUGGCGAUGUGGCCACCUUCCCUUUGAAGAUGUACAAUGAGUUGAGGAGAGUGGAACAUGUUGACCAUGCUAGGAAGUCUGCAGAGCAGGCUGUAAAGGCAAUCAAGGGCAAAGAGUCCGGCGAGUCAGUUCCGGAGUACGACUACCUGCCAUACUUCUACUCCCGAUCAUUCGAUCUGGCCUGGCAAUUCUAUGGCGACAACGUGGGCGAAACCAUCCUGUUUGGCGACAGCGACCCCACCUCGGCCAAGCCCAAGUUUGGAUCGUACUGGAUUAAGGACGGCAAGGUCUUGGGUACCUUCCUCGAAGGCGGGUCACCGGAUGAGAACAAGGCCAUUGCCAAGGUUGCGAAAGCUCAGCCGCCGGUUGCCAACAUAGAGGAGCUCAAGAAGGAGGGCCUCCAGUUCGCCAACAAGAUCUGAGACACUUUCUGUUUCAUGUGCAUCUCGCGUCAUUUAGGUUCUUCUUGUGUUCACGGUCGCAUUGUUCUACAGAUACUGCCAUAUAGUUGACUACGUAACAUUCGGUUUCUGAUUGUGAUGUCUGUACCACACACACUUGCUGUACCACUUGAUAUUUGAAUAAAGCUUUAGUAGUAUUUCUGGCCAGAA